AGCAUCAUCCAGUGUUGGAGAAAGGUGUGAGCUCUCUAGUAACAAUCAGCUGAGAUCUAUAAUGGCGUCUAAGGUGGUUGUUUUCUUUGCGGCGUUGGCGGCCUGCGGUGCCGUGCCAGUCAUUAUUGAUGACGAAUACGUCCCCGGAGUAAUAAUGCGCAUCGGCCGCUCCCCCAACGUGGCCUUCGGUUUCGGCAGCGGCUUCAGCAGCAACAUCGGCGGCAUCAGCCACUCCACCGGCAUGGGCUCCUCCUUCCAGAGCGGCGAUGCCCAAGCCUACGGCGCUGGCAUGGGAAGCAACGGCAACUAUGCUAGCGGUGUGGGUAUGGCCAGCGCUGGACCGUCUUAUCCCGUCUACCAACAACAACCCUACGGACUACGAAACAACUUCGGCUCAGCUGUAUCUUCCGCUCAAACUCAAAAUGGAUUCAGAUACGGAGCCGCCCAGAACAACCCUCGUUACCAAUCCGCUGUGGCUUCCGCCCAGAACUUGAGAGGUUACAACAACGAUUUCGGGUCAGCGGUAGCAGCUUCCCAGUACUCUGGAAACUACGGGACAGCUAUGUCUGCGGCUCAGAACCAUGGGUUGGGACACUUUGGGUCUGCUGUGUCUGCUGCUGAGAACAACGGGCACUACAGAGCUAGCACCGCACAAGCUAUGCAGCACCAUGGAGGGGCUGUCCAACACAGUGGCGCCUCCAGCGUCAAUGCGCCAGGACUACAGGCGGCCCAGUCACAUGCCGUUAAUAGCGGCUUCUACUAAUUAGGAAUAAGGAAUUGUACAAAGACACUGAGACGACUUUUUCAACUUGUCUCAGUGUCUUUUGAAUGAGUGUAAUGAAUCUCAAUAAAAGUCUAGUUUUUAAAUU